GGCAAAUGCACAGUUCGCCAACAGAAUUCGACCGAUAAGGUCAUAAACAGCUAAGACAAGCAUACGCUAGUUAAUAGCAACGCAGACAAAAGGGGAAAAAGUGUAGCAAAUUACCGUUAGUGGUGAAGAAGUGUCUUGAAUUUGAGAAACGGUGGCGUUGGCUCUAAGUGACGUGUGUUAUUGCUAUAUAUUUUAGUUUUAAAGCGUUUACGAACUAUAUUAUAUGAUUAAAAGCCCCUAGUUUCAAAAAAAUUCAUUUCAAUAAUUGCUUUCUUUCAAAAGCUUUUCUGGUCUAUAAAUAUCAAUGAGUGAUGGAAAAGGCAACGGCAUGCGACAACAGCGGUCAAGUCUAUCGCGCGACAACAUUACCCACCACCAACAACAACGAAGACUUACGUAACAGUAAAGAGUCGGCACAGUUACAGCCAGAAACACAGUCGCACUCACAGUCGAAGCCAAAGAAAGUGCGUCGCGACAAAAGUGAUUUGGGUGAGAAUUUCAAAGCGCCAGAUGGCGGCUGGGCUUGGCUGGUGUGCAUCGCUGCCGGUUGUUCGAACCUCUCGAUCUAUCCAUGUCUGCAGCAGUUUGGUUUUAUAUUCCGCGAACGUUUGGGUGUUUUAGGUCUAACCAGUUCGCAAAUCACAACAAUUAUCAAUACCAAUCCAGCCGUGUCGGCGUGUACAGGACUCUUAAAUGGACCAAUGUUUCGGCGCUUCACCUUCCGCCAGGUGGCCUUAGCCGGUUCAUUUUUCAUCUUCACGGGCCUAAUGUUAACAGCAUUUUGUGAGUCCUUUAUCGGUUACAUGAUAACCUAUGCACUACUAUUUGGCUUUGGUGUUGGCAUUAGCGUGUCUGCCUCCUCACUUGCCAUAAACACCUAUUUCAAGAACAAACGGCGUCGUGCAGCUGGCUUUUCUUGGACACUCACCGGCUUGGGACCGAUUUUCUUGCCACACGUAGUCACACUCUUCGUCGGAUAUUAUGGCGUACAAGGCACUGUCUUCAUAUUCGCCGCGCUCUCAUUGCACUCCAUGGUCUGUGCGCUCAUCUAUCAGCCGGUGCGCUAUCAUGCACCACCGCCUGAUGUGCCCGAAGCGGCUGGAGAUUCGGGUAUUGCGGCCGGCGAAACGGAGUACCUCUGCGAAUACUGUCAAAUACAAUGCAAACGUAACGGCAUCUUCUCCAGCCAAUAUCUGUAUCAGGACGAUGACGAAGCUAUGCCUGGGUAUGAGAUAAUCGAGCCGGGCACGCCGAUGUUGUCACGCGCCAAUGACGGUUGGUUCGGUUCGAAGUUGUCGUUGACCUCCACACAUCGAGCGGGUACACCACGCUUUCGUACCGUCUCCAGUUCGAAAGAUAUCGAGGGUACAAAUCGACUCAAUCGUGUGAUAUCCGAGGAAGAACUGAAGACGGCCGAGGUUUACAAACCGAACAACUUCAAACGUGAACGCGACGAAGUGCUGCUCAAGCAAUCGGCUAGCAAUGGCAACUUUCGUGCGGCACCACAUUUUGGUGGUUUACAUGGUACGACGGCUCCAUUAUAUUGUACCUGUGCGGAGGAGCGUAAGCUACUCGAAAAGGCGCAGCUUCGUUCUAGUCUCACUAAUAAAAGGCUGGAAACAACGGCAGAGGAGGACGAAGAUGCCGCAGUGUCGGUGCAGAGUUACACAUUCUUACAGAAAGUGGUGACUUUCUUUGAUCUGGAUUUGUUGCGUGAUUUCACCUUCGUCAAUCUGGUGUUGGGUCUAACGAUCAUCAAUUUUGGAGAAUUGAAUUUUUCCAUCCUAACGCCAUUCAUACUGAAUGAUUUCGGCUUCACCACAUCACAAAUAACGUCGGCCAUGUCAGUGUUGGGUGGCUUAGAUAUUAUUGUACGUUUCAUUGUGCCAUUCGUUACGGAGAAAAUACCAUGGGAUAAUCGUGUCUUCUUCCUAAUAGGUGUCGUUGGCAUCGCACUCGGCCGCACUGUCGUGGCCUGCACACGCUCCUACACGGUCAUACUGUGUACGUUCGUUUGGAUUGGCAUGUGCAAGGGUGUGCGCACCAUUUUCUGGCCUCUUAUUAUACCCGGUUGUGUUCCAUUGAAACGUUUACCAGCAGCUUCCGGUUUGGCACUGCUCAUUUCCGGCUUGUUUACGUUCGCCUGCGGACCAUUUGUGGGUCUUAUACGUGAUCGUUUCAACUACUCGAUCACCCUGCAUUUUCUCAACAUGUUGACAUUCAUCGCUGCCAUCUCGUGGUCACUUGAGGCGUUGGUGCGUCGUUAUCGCCGUCGCUGUCGCGAUCGCAAGCGUAAUUGCGUCACAUGACUGUACGCUAUUCACGUAAGCUAAUGUUGCUUUAGUCUCCGCUAGAUGUCGCAUUCGUAACAAAGACUCAAACCAAAUACUUGUCGAAUGCACACAAAUGAGCUGUUAUCUAUAGAUAUAUAUAUAUAAUGUGCUUGUACAUACAUACAUACAUAUAUUAACACUGGUGG